CGCCUGUAGCGAAUGGCGCAAAUCCUGCACUUUCACCUUUCUUCCGCUCUCACUGUUUACGCAGAGUAGUGGGUUCUCUCGUCUUUGGAAUCAGCUAAGUUGAACAUGACAAGUGCUCAGAUGACAGCUAAUGAUGAGAUGGUUCAGCAGUUCUUGGAUAAUGCAUCCAGAGGUGACAUAGUGAGAGUUUCUGCUAUGAUUUCUCACUCCAGUCAUCUACUCAAUGAAAGUGGGAAACAAGGCUGGACAGCCUUAAUGUUAGCUGCAAGAAAUGGACACUUUGAUGUAGUAAAAUUAUUACUUUCAAAGGGGAGUGAUAAAGAUCUGAUGAACAAGUCAGGCCAAACUGCUCAUGAUAUAGCAAAAUUUUGGGGUCACAAACACAUUGCCAGUUUGUUGGUUAGUGGUGGGGACAGCAGCCUUAAUGAACUUCUACCUCACAAAGGAGCUGUGGAUCAUGAGAAUUACUUCAAUAGAGAGUAUCUUGACAGAAGGAGUGAUAAAAGGACAGACUCAGGGUGGCUUGCAGCUAAACAGAUCUCCCCAAAGACUGUGUUCCUUCUGUUUCAUCAUUUGGAGCCUCUUGUUACAUCAGGGCCAGAAGAAGUGAACAAUAGUAAGCCUAAGUUAAAAUUGUGCAGGCUCAGAAGAGACUCUGUGGAUGAACUAAUCGAAAAGAGUGACACAGUACUUAUUUUUCUGGGAGUUGAGAAGCAAGAACGUUCACCUUCUACACCGCUAUCAGAAGAGGAGGAUGGACUUAUUGCAUGGUUUGCUCUGAAUACCCAGGACAAUCCCACAGAAAGCCUCAAGUCCACAGAUUCAAACAGAUUCUUCCUUAAGGGGCCAAUGCCAGGACUUUUAUUACUAAAUGAAGAUGAAGCAGGUGUAAUUGCACAGGCCAGAUCUGUUCUUGCAUGGCACAGCCGGUACAGUUUUUGUCCAACAUGUGGAGGCCAGACCAAAGUGGAUGAAGGAGGUUACAAGAGAACCUGCUUGUCAGAGGGCUGCAGGAGUCUUCAGGGAAUCCACAGUACAUGUUAUCCUAGAGUUGAUCCUGUUGUGAUCAUGCUCGUCAUUCACCCAGAUGGGAAUCAGUGCUUACUAGGGAGAAAGAAGACUUUUCCUCCAGGGAUGUUCUCCUGCCUUGCUGGAUUCAUUGAACCAGGUGAGACCAUUGAGAAUGCAGUUAGAAGAGAGGUUCUGGAAGAGAGUGGUGUUACUGUCGGCCCUGUUCAGUAUGUAUCCUGUCAGCCUUGGCCGAUGCCCUCCUCACUAAUGAUUGGCUGCUUGUCAGUAGCAGUGUCUACAGACAUCAAGGUUGAUAAAAAUGAAAUUGAAGAGGCUCGCUGGUUCACAAGGCAACAGGUCGUAGAUGCUAUUGCAAAGAGCGACCAAGCGGUUUUCACCAUGCCUCCGAGACAAGCUAUUGCGCAUUACCUAGUAAAACACUGGGUUGGCAUUAACUCAAACCUUUGAGCUGAAUGUUAAAUUGUCAUUAUCAUUUGUCAAAAUUGUAAAAAUGCUUUGAAAAUAGAAACAGAUACAGCUGUGGAUUAUAACACUUCUGUAUGUGUAGCUGACCUACCACUACAUGUUAGAGAAUGUACUUGUUUUGACUAAUCCAGUGAGGAUGUGGGUGUAACACUGAGUCAAAAGUUGAAGAUGUGUUCGAGAUGCAACUGAAAUAAGAUGAAAUGCAGAUUCAGAUGAUCAGAAAAAAUGAUACAUGUUGGAUUGACCAACCCAGUAAAUUUAAUUUUCAGUUAGUUUCAGUUACAGUUGAGUGUGGACUGCACUGCACUCUGCUUUGAAAUAUAUUUGGUUUUGAUUUCACUUGAUAACUGUAAAGAUUUAUAAAAUGGGAUUUUAUUGUGAAAAACUUGAAUUCUUUUAUUGCCACAUGGUGUGACUGUGGUAGUUGUUUCUGUUGCAUUGACAACACUAUAGUAGCACAAUGCACAUAAACAUACAAUGUAACAUGUACAUACAGUAAACAUUAUGCAAUACAAUACACACUAUACAACAUAUAAUAUAUGAGAAUUACACCAUGAUUUCAUCAAUAUAUUCUUAUAAAAGCUGGAAAUCUUACAGACAAUAAUGUACACUACUCAGAAGAGUUUAGUAAGCUUAUUGCAAAUGGAAAAAGGUUGUUCUUGCACCAUCACAGCUUCACAAAAACUAGUCAUUUCUCUUAAUAAAAUGUACCACAAUG